AAAUCCAAAAAGACAAAAAAAGAUUUCAAAACUAAAAACCAAAGAAACCUUUUUUUUGAUAACUUCAAAAUCACCCAUCCCUUCUCCUUCUUCACUUCCAAACCAAAACUCUCUCCACGAGAUCUUAAGCUUCUGUCUUUUGGUGGGUCGUUGGAGCAAUGACGGGUCUAGUGAUGGUGACCAAAGGCGGAGGCUGCGGCGGCGGAGGGAAGGGUGGUAGAGGAGGAAAAGGGAGCUCGGAGGAGGAGCAGAACCAGCAACUCUCUGUGGUUGAGUUUCUGUUAUCUGCUCUGCGGAAAUCGAUGGUGUCGUGUCGGGUGGACAACCGGCAGGACGACGGCGGAGGGAUCUCCUCCGCCACCGUGCAUCAUAUGGAAAUCGGAUGGCCGACGAACGUCCGACACAUCACCCACGUGACAUUCGACCGCUUUCAUGGGUUUCUCGGUCUCCCACGCGAGUUCCAGAUCGAGAUCCCAUGCCGGGUCCCAAGUGCAAGUGUGAGUGUCUUUGGUGUCUCCGCGGAAUCAAUGCAAUGUUCUUAUGAUCAGAAAGGGAACAGCGUUCCAACUAUUCUGCUGCUAAUGCAAGAAAGGCUAUAUUCCCAAGGAGGCCUCAAGGCUGAAGGAAUUUUCCGGAUAAACCCUGAGAACAGCCAAGAAGAACAUGUCAGAGACCAACUAAACAGAGGUAUCGUUCCUGAAAACAUCGAUGUACACUGUCUGGCUGGUCUUAUAAAAGCCUGGUUUAGAGAGCUACCAUCUGGAGUGCUCGAUGGACUUUCGCCUGAACAAGUUCUGAACUGCAACACCGAGGAAGAAUCAGUUGAACUCAUAAAGCAGUUGAAACCAACAGAGUCUGCUUUGCUCAAUUGGGCUAUUGAUCUUAUGGCCGAUGUUGUUGAGGAAGAAGAGUCAAACAAGAUGAAUGCGAGGAACAUAGCCAUGGUUUUUGCACCUAAUAUGACUCAGAUGACAGAUCCAUUGACGGCUCUGAUGCAUGCUGUCCAAGUGAUGAACUUGCUCAAGACCCUCAUCAUGAAAGCACUAGCAGAGCGAGAAGAAGCAGCAACUGCAUCGGUAGGAUAUUCCCCAUCCCAAACUGAUGAUGAGUCAGACAAUCCCCAAGACAUGGAUAUCAGCUGUGACUCACAAGGGACGGAUUCAGAAUAUGGAGAUGAACAAGAAAAUCAUAGUCACUCUAUUCAUGAAGACGAGGAUGAUAUCGAGUCACUGACUGCGAUAGAGAAAUGCUUCUUGAGGCAGCUCAACGAUGGUAGAAUUUCGAAUGACAGUAUCUGCGAAGCCUGGAGCCCAAAAAGCUCAUCAGAAACGUUACUAACAGAGAGGAAAAACGAUGCCGUGGAGGCAAGCACAGACAUAUGUGAAGUCUCAAAGAGCUAGCCCACAUUUGGUCUCUAAUUCGUGUCUGAUUUAGCAUUUUCAUCUUUCCCACGGUGUCUAGACACAACCAUAUUGUUUGUAGCUCCAUUGCCUGCUCCUCCAUUUGCUGAAAACCCGGGAAAAAAAAGGAAGAGAAGAAAGGAAAAUGGUUCAGACUGUAAAUCAAUACAGUGAUGAUAGUUCGGUUUGUAAGAGUCGUAGGGCAUAGUCAGUGGUGCAUUGGCUUAGGUUCUGAGCCGGAAGAAGGAAGGUUCAGCAAGGGCUGAACCUUUUGUUUGGUGUCCCCCUUGUCAUUGUUGUUGUAGUGUUUAGUCUGUUGUCUGUGUGCUGUUUGAUCUGUUUGAAGAUUUUCUAACCUUCAUGGAUGAUUUGGAAUCUGAUUUUUAGAGGUUUUUUUCAUAUCA